UUCAGAUUGGCGGAUAUGAAAAUAUGUUCGAAAAUUUUAGUUUCUGACUGGGUUUCAUGCCAGCGAGGUGUAUGCAAACCAAAAGAAAGUGUUUUAGAACUUUAUAAAAAUGGAGAUAGUGUGUACAUCAACAUAUUCUAUUCAUCAUCGAAUGCCAGCAGGCGAUUUAAGAUCUCAGCAAACAUAGAAAGACUAUUCACUGGUCAUGUUAAAGAAGGAAACCUUACGUUGCGGCUGAAAAACCCUCCGAAAGAUGUAAUGAUCCAGCAGGCUGAACCUUCGGAUUUGCUGAGACUAAUUGGAAUUUUGGAUGUUAUCAGAUCCGGCAAGGAACUGCCCAAUCGGUUUUUCGAUUGCAAAUAUGCUUCAAGCCAAGUUAGGAAUGGUAGUCAACGGCGACUGUGUAUAACAAGGCGAGAAGAUUAUCCUUUCAGUCAAGGAUUUAGUACUUUCCUGCACGAAAUAUCCGCUAAAAAUUUAAGAUUACGUCAGUUUGAUGCAAGAUUACUCAAGCUGUUUAACUUACGUUCCCUUGAUUUGAGCGCAAAUUAUGUAGAAAAAGUACCACAGGGAAUACAAGACUUGAAUUUAGUUCAACUUUGUCUAAGUAACAAUCAUAUCACAAAUUGGCCGUGUAUUACUGAAAACUCGCCGCUAACCAAAACCUUGGAACUUAUUGAUUUAUCACAUAACAAACUAGUCUGGUUGCCAGAUGAUUUCUGGCUUCUAGCAAAUCUCAAGAGUGUCAACCUUUCAAAUAACAGAUUGCGUGGCGUGCCAGCCGCUUAUCUGCACAAGCUACAGCGUCUGUGUAAAGUUAUUUUGAAUGACAACCAACUGGAUUCCUUACCUUUAGUAUUGACAGCUCACCGCCUAACUCAACUAUCUGUUUACAAUAAUUCUUUUCUACCUCAUGAUAUGACAGUAAAAUCAAGUGGUGUUGCUCCAACUCUCCUGAACUGUGCGUCUUCAAAUCUUCUUCGAAGUAACUGGUAUCCAUGUCUUGAAAAUUGCUUGCCUUGGAAUCUACGCGUUCGCCUGGCUGUUUUGCGAAUUUGUUUACGUUGUCGUUUAAAGUGUGGCGUGGAGCCAUAUCGUGUCCUGGUGCCAUACAACAGUUGGCUGAAUAUGUCAUGUGAUCGAGAAAACCCACCCAGUAUCCUGACAUAUCUAUGCAGCGAAAAAUGUCUGGCAAUAUUCAGGUCAAACACAUGGAAGUAUACUUUGGAUUAGAUAGAGCGUCAACCUUUACAUAGAAGCAACAAUCUCGUAGUUGAUGACGCAUUUUGUUCCUUGAAUUUACAGUUGUAUAAUCGAUCCGUGAACAGCGUUACAUCUGAGUUUUCACUGAUUAUGGCUGUACUGAAUACAAAUCAAUAAACCGUGUAUUAUAUAA